AGAUGAUGAAAGUCCAUGUCUAGGAGCAGCACUCGCCUGGACUUACUCAGAUAAGAAAUCUUCGCACCUACACACCCUCAUUCAGACAUUUUCUGCAUGCGGGCCAUACUUGGGCCUUGAAGCCCCCGAAUGGUUGAUGCGCACGUGAUUCGCCGUUGCCUAGCAUCGAUUCAGGGUCGCUCGCCAAGCGCGAUGUCAUAGGCGCGAACUUUUGAUCUCGCGAGCCAACGCUCGAAACAUUGACUGGCUCACGCCCACCACAACGUUCCUCUUCUCAAACCGACCGAUCCGGAGCAGUGAUCCAUACCGAUUGGCACCCUCUCUUUUCCCCGCCAAAUCUUCGCCAUCUCCCGAUGCAACUUCGAUAAUCAGUCCUCUCUCGCGCUCUCAAACUUUCUUCUCUCACCAUGGCCACCGGGGGCUUCAAGUUGUCGCUUGCCGGCGCCAAAGGUAAGCCAGGGUUUAAGAAACCCACCGAACAGCCCACAAAGCGGAGACGCCUCGCUCUCGACGACGAUGAGCCCGAAGACACGGAUGCGAAGCAAGAAAUCACCGGCUGGGACGCAGCAGAAGGCGGUGCUGUCGACGCAAACAAGAAGGAAGAAACGAAAGGCCCGCGUAUUAUCCCCGCAUUGCCAAACCGCGACUGGCGCGAGGUAGCCCAGAAACGACAGCUUGCGCGCACCGGAGCACCGGCGCAUGCAGAGGGCAGCAAUGGCGACAACGCGGCGCAGUUGGAGCAGCCACAGAUGGCGUCUGGGCUGACCACGUUCGACAAGAAAGACGAGCCCGAGCCCAUGGAUGUCGAUGGCGAGGUCAAGCCCGAGGACAACCGCACCGAGGAGGAGAAGCUCCAGGCCGAAGCCUUUGAAGCCCUCAUUAACGGCAAACCCAAAGACCAGACCGUGAUCCCCAUCUCCGAGGAGGAGGCCUUCGAAAACGACAUGCGCGAAGCCCCCGACGCGCCCGACCUCGCCGCCUACGAAGCCACGCCCAUCGAAGGCUUCGGCGCCGCUCUCCUCCGUGGCAUGGGCUGGAAAGACGGCGACUCGCUGAGCAAAGACAAGAAGCCGGCCGCGAAGCCCAAGGAACCCAAGAUGCGUCCUGCACUUCUCGGCAUCGGCGCAAAGCCCGAAGCUGCCGUGGGCGUCGAGCUGAGCGAGUGGGCAGGCCCAAAGAAGGGUGGGAAGAAGGCUAUACAAUACAACCCUGUUGCGCUGAAGAACAAGCGCACGGGCGAGAUCAUUACGGAGGAGGAGCUUAAGGAGCGCCUGGCGAAGCAGAAGGAGGCGGAUGUGCAGGCUGCGCGGAACAACACGUUUGUUGGCGACGAUGAUGAAGAUGAGGGCGAGCGGAGACGCGAGAAGCGGAGGGCAAGGAAGGAAAGGGACAGAAGAGAUGACGACUACGACAGCGAGCGGAGAAAGGAGAAGAGCAGGAGGCGCGACCGAGACGAGGAGUACUCUGACCGCGACCGCCGGCGGGAGAAAAAGUACUCCGAGUACGAAGACUCGGACCGUGACCGCCGGCGAGACAAGAAAUACCGCGACGACGAGUACGAGUACGAUGAUCGGAAGCGGGAGAAGCGGCGCGAGAGGGAGCGUAGAGAUCGAAGUCGCAGCCCGUAUGACGAUGAGCGGCGGGAGAAGCGGAGGGAGCGGGAUCGUAGGGAGAGGAGCGUCGAUAGUAAGGAUCGGAGGGAGAGGCGGAGGGAGAGGAGUCGAAGUAGGGACAAGGAUGAGAAGCGGAGGAAGAGGCGUGAGUAUGAGUAUGGGGAUGAAAGGGACGAGAGGAGGAGCAAGAAUAGUGAUGAGAAGUACGACAAGUAUGACAAGUACUCUCAAAAAUAAGAGAGUCUGCCAACCGUUAGCUCUGGUAGAAGCAUGAUAUCAGAGCAUAUUGCCAUUGCACUUUCUCGUCUAUGAUCAAGCAGAAC